GUUGAGAAUGCUGGACGCAAUGUUGUCUCAGAGAUUUUGCUGGCAAUUCCUAAUAUGCAGGCAAAGAAUUUGGCAAAUUUGAAAGCAUUUUACAAUGAAGGAAAAGGAAAAGGUUCUGCCAUUAACCUUCCAGUUUCGGAGGUUUACCCAGAGGGGAUGCCCCAUGAAUUGACCUUCCACACCCUGUCAUUAACUGAGGGUCUGGAGAAAGGGAAAAGCCUCUCUGUAAAUGUUCUUACCAUAUUUACUCAUUCCCUGCAGCCAUUCCCUGAGGAAAUCAGUCAAGCGGAUGCCCAGCUUGUUGUUUAUCAGGAUAGUGCCUACUUUUUAUCACCCUAUGUGGUGAAGUCUCAGUCGCUUAAUGUUCUGCUACCUGGUGGACGGGUGGAAUCAUAUACUAAACAUCCCAAUGGAAAACUUGUAGACUCUGAAAUUAAAUAUGGACCUUAUGAGAAACUUCCUCCUUUCUCUUACUCGGCCAUAGUUAUUCAUUUUGAAAACAAUAAUCCAUUUGUGGUUGCUCAAGAAUUAGUGAGGGAGAUAGAGAUUUCUCACUGGGGUAGCAUACAGGUAACUGAACACUACAACCUUGCCCACAAAGGGGCCACUAACAAAGGGGGCUUUUCUAGGCUUGAUUACCAAUCUAGAUCAUAUAUGGGAGGGAGAUCAUCGCUUAGACAACUCAUUGCUAGGUUGCCACCACGAGCCCAUUCUAUUUAUUAUAGGGAUGACAUUGGGAACAUCUCAACAUCUCAUCUUUGGGGAGACUCUAGAAAG